CGUAGCUUGGGGCCACAUGGGUGCCGUCCGCAAGCGCUGAUCCCGCCUACAGCCUUACAGAGACCCUCCCCCCUACAUAUGCUGAACGUCCACUGCGCGUCGCAACGGUAUGUAGCAGGAGAAUCGACGCCUCCGUCGAGCUGCAUUCUGCCCUGUCACAUCUGCUCCGCCAUACCCAAGUCGACGCUCCCCCUUCCCCUCAUCGACCACAAUUGAGGAGGAUGAUUCGCGACCUCCCCUGAGACUCAUGUCUUCCCGCACCACCUCCAUCUCAUUCACCCGCCCCCAGCUGUCCCGACCACCAUCUGUGAGCUCCCGGCUAUCUGUCGCUGUGUCGAGUGUCGAGCAGGGAGAGGGGCCGGGGAGCAAUGUGCGCGCCGAGCAGCAGAUUGGGGAGGAGAUAGCCGAGAUCAAGAGAUAUGAAGAUUUCACCACCAUAGAUUGGGUGCAAGAUGCAGCACAGGAGAGACUGCGCCGGAGAGCGCGCCGGAGGAAGGCCGCCGGCCGAUUCGACAACGGCAAGGUGUCGUGGCGAUACCGACUGCAGGAGUCCUAUGAUGCGGCGCAAGGUUGGGUCGUGGUAACCCUGGUGGGCGCCGCCAUCGGCUUGAACGCCGCUCUUCUGAACAUCAUCACCGAGUGGCUGGCUGAUAUCAAGAUGGGGUACUGCGCCUCCGCCUUCUACCUCAACGAGAGCUUUUGCUGCUGGGGCGAAGAUGACGGCUGCGAGGACUGGCAUCGCUGGACCGGUUUCGAGCCCGUUAAUUACAUCGUGUAUACCAUUUUUGCGACCAUGUUCGCCUUCACUGCGGCAGUUCUUGUCAAGUCCUACGCGCCCUACGCGGCCGGCUCGGGUAUUUCUGAAAUCAAGUGCAUCAUCGCCGGGUUCGUCAUGAAGGGCUUCCUGGGCUUCUGGACCUUGAUUAUUAAAUCCGUCGCCCUUCCCUUGACGAUCGCGUCCGGUCUUUCGGUCGGCAAGGAGGGCCCCAGCGUGCACUACGCCGUAUGUACGGGAAAUGUCAUCUCGCGCUUGUUCGACAAGUACAAGCUCAACGCGUCUAAAACGCGCGAAGUGCUCAGCGCCUCGGCAGCCGCGGGAGUGGGUGUAGCCUUUGGCAGCCCUAUCGGAGGCGUAAUAUUCUCCCUCGAGGAGAUGUCCAACGUCUUCCCGCUCAAGACGAUGUGGAGGAGCUACUUCUGUGCGCUCGUCGCGACGGCCGUGCUGGCGGCCAUCAACCCUUUCCGGACGGGCCAGCUUGUCAUGUUCCAGGUCAAGUACGACCGAUCGUGGCAUUUCUUCGAGACGUUGCCAUACAUCUUCAUCGGCAUAUUCGGGGGCCUCUACGGCGCAUUUGUCAUCAAAUGGAACUUGCGUGUCCAGGCAUUCCGAAAGAAAUACUUGACCAAGCUAGCCAUCCUCGAAGCAACGCUGCUCGCGGCGGGGACGGCUAUUAUCUGCUACCCCAACGCCUUUCUCCAGAUCGAGAUGACGGAAAGCAUGGGGAUUCUGUUUCGGGAGUGCGAAGGGGCGGAGAACUACCACGGAAUUUGCGACGAAGACAAGCGGUGGUCUACCAUCUUAUCUCUAACGGUCGCGACGGUGGUUCGCGUCUUCCUCGUCAUCAUAUCGUACGGAUGCAAAGUACCGGCUGGCAUAUUUGUGCCGUCCAUGGCCAUCGGUGCGUCCUUUGGCAGAACGGUUGGGAUCAUCAUGCAAGCCAUCCACAGUGCCAAUCCGGAAAGCGUCUUCUUUGCAGCCUGCCAACCGGGCGAGCCCUGCAUCACCCCGGGGACAUACGCUUUCCUCGGAGCCGCCGCUGCGUUAAGCGGCAUCAUGCACAUCACGGUAUCGGUCGUAGUCAUCAUGUUUGAACUCACGGGAGCGCUGACCUACAUAUUACCCACCAUGAUUGUCGUCGGCGUCACCAAGGCCGUAUCGGACCUGUUCGGGAAAGGCGGCAUCGCCGACCGGAUGAUCUGGUUCAGCGGGUUCCCUUUCCUCGAUAGCAAGGAGGAGCACAACUUUGGCGUGCCGGUAUCGACGGUGAUGACUUCUGACGUGGUGGCUAUCCCGAUCCACGGCAUGACACUACAAUCUGUCGAGGACCUGCUGAAGCAGCCCCAAUAUCAAGGUUUCCCCAUCGUCGAGGACCCGACGACGAAAACGUUGGUUGGCUACAUCGGGCGUACAGAAUUACGGUACGCGGUCGAUCGCGUACGCCGCGAGCGGGCGAUGGAGAUCGACCCCGAUGCGCGAUGCAACUUCUCGCCACCGGCCAUCGGCGCGGCCGUGCCCAUCAUGUCCACGGUCACGGUGAGCAACGCGGACUACAGCGCGCCGUCGGCGUCGGUCGACCUGGGGCGGUACGUGGACGCGACGCCGGUGACGGUGCACCCACGGCUACCGCUGGAGACGGUGAUGGAGCUGUUCCGCAAGAUCGGGCCGCGGGUGAUCCUGAUCGAGCACCACGGGCGGCUGUCGGGGCUGGUGACGGUCAAGGACUGCCUCAAGUACCAGUUCAAGGCGGAGGCGGCGGAGCACCCGCGCGAGGACGAGCACGAGAUGGCGGAAGGGCAGGAGAAGCUGUGGGGGCUGAUGCAACGGGCCGGGUACUGGGUCUCGGGCAAGGUGGCGAGCCUCAGCGGCGGGCGCAUACGGCUGGCGGGCGACGCGAACGAGAGGGCGGGCCUAAUGGGGAGGGGCGGGAUCAUGGACGGGGACGAGGACGCGAUCGACGACGACGGCGUCGAGUUAGAGAACAGAUGAGACGGCACGGGCGCCGGUUGGAUUUUGUAAGUUUAGCAGGGAUCGGGAUCGAUAAUCGAAAUGUUUUUAUGGUUGCAUGACCAGGCGGGUGAUCUUGCACAUACCUCUAGGUGUACCCUCUACCUGUUAGGUGGGUAGAAUACCAGCCUACAAGCCAUGAGUUGAAG